AUGAGCAUCCUUCCUCAAGUAGGAUUAGCUGUAUCUGGAAUGCUUUCAAUUAUUUCUACAGCUUGUCUCAUUUUAAUUUAUACCUUCAAAAAAAGCAGCAGGACAUAUGCCUUUAAGCUAGUUCUUCCACUCUUUAUUUUUGAUUUAAUUUGGAGCCUUAAUAUUGUUAUUCCUGUGUUUUAUAAUCUUGCUGACCCUGAUGCGAUAAUUAAUAUGCCACUAUGUAGGAUACAAGCUACUAUUAAACUUUUUACUAUGUUAGGAUCAUUCUUUACCACAGUUACUAUUUCUUGGUCCCUAUAUUCUUUUAUUAUUCACCGCAAACCAAUAAAAUCAAAGAAUCCCCAUUUAUACUUUUCGAAAUACACUGUAGUCCUGCCACUCUUUUUCUCUAUUGUACCUCUAGCUUUGGAUAGAUACAAUAGGUUAUAACCUAUAGAAAAUGUUAUGUGUUUUUUAUCACUAUCAGAAGAAGAUGGUUCUACAGAUUAUUUAGGAAUUUUAUUAAGAGUUUUUUUAUAUUAUACACCAUUUGUAAUAGUUUUGAUUUUCGAUAUGUUCUCUGUCAUUAGAAUAUAUUCAUUCUUCCAUAAAAAUAAAAUUGAAACAAGCGAUAAAAGAGAUAUAAGAAAUUUAAUGCUCUAUCCAAUCGUCUUGUUCCUAUCUUGGAUUUGGAUUAUAAUAGAACGUGUAACAGAAGUAAUUAAAAAUGAAGAUGUUGAAUGGCUCAAUAAUAUAGAUUUAUCAUUUGCUACUCUAAAUGGAUGUUUAAAUGCUUUAGUUUAUGGUUACAUUUCUCUAGAUCCCUUUUAGCAUUUGCGUAGAAAAGAUAAAAGCGAUGAAUCUAGCUUAGAUAGCUCAUAAUUAGUGAGUGAAGAAAGAGAUACGACGAAAUGCCACUAUAAUAAAAAUAAUGAAAAUAAUCAUGAUGGAUAUGAAUAUAAAUGUAAUACAAAGUAAUCAGAAGAUUUUUCAUUAACCUUUCAUGUCAAUCCUUAAGAAGAAAGCGAUUGA